CCCAAAUAAAGCCCUCUGUGACAGGGGUUCCACCGACCCUGAGGCACGAUCAAAAGCGAAGUCGAAUUGGAGCCGGUAAUACCCUUUUACAAAUAAUCCCAUUUGCUAUUGUGCUCGUCCAAUAGCAGAAUGCCCUCCGCUUGUUAAGCAUUUUACUUGACUUGGAUUUUUCUUUACUACAGCCCCGCUUCUCUCUGGACUGGCGCCGUGGACGCAAUAAGGAUUUAAUGCUGGAGCAGUGGUUGAGCGAGGAUAUUAUUCGGCGAGGAAGGAAUAGAUGCUUUUUGCUUAGAAUUCGCGCAUCACCCGGUUAUUGCUGUAACUGAUAGCCUAUAUUUGUACGAGCAAUGCAUGACAAAAGCCAACAACAGCGUACUUCCACCACAUCCAGUGGCUCGUCGUUUUUUAUCGAGAAUUUACUUGGCUCUUGUAGGACAGAAAAGUCCGUCCGUCCUUUAAAGGAUAACGAUGGCAUGGAGCGAGAGAUGGUUCUUAAGGCCAGCACUAAAGCGCAUCGCAAAGAAAUGUGCAGUCAAGCAUCCAGCACAGGCUUCAAGACAGAGAUGUGUCGGAGCGCACAAUCACCCCUGGACUGGUAUGGACGGGAAACCUCAGAGACAGGUCCAAAAGAAGAAACUCGCCAUUCCAGUAAACAUUGCCGCAGCGACAGGGACACCCCAGUGGCCUCUGAGCUUCUUGAUGGAGCAGUGGACCGAAAAACGAGCGAGUGUGUGGGUGACGAGGGUGAGGACGCUCGACAGCUUUUCGACGAGCGUUCUGGUCACGACACUUCCGAGCCAGGCUCGGCCCGGAAGAAAAAGACCCGAACUGUGUUCAGUAGAAGCCAAGUCUUCCAGCUAGAAUCCACUUUCGACAUGAAGAGAUACCUUAGCAGUUCUGAGCGUGCUGGCUUCGCGGCCUCCCUGCACCUGACCGAGACGCAGGUGAAAAUCUGGUUCCAGAACCGCAGAAACAAAUGGAAAAGACAACUGACCGCGGAUUUAGAGGCUGUUAAUUUUAACCACAUCUCCCAACGGAUUGUACGGGUGCCCAUCUUGUACCACGAUAAAACGACACCCAUGUCGACUCUCAGUUUUAACGUGUCUCAAGUCUCGCCACCAAUCAUGGGCUUCUCAAAUUCAGUGAACUAUCCAUUAUCGCCCUUUGCUCAUUCAAUGAAUUUAAUGACUUCGCAAAUGACAGGCCUUGUCUGAUCUAUUGUCCGAUGUAUAUUGACAAUAGUGGACCAAUGACAAUUAUCAAUAAUGUUUCUGAAUGGUGCAAUAACUGAGUUAUACAUAUCCUGCUGGAAAAUGUAGUACUGAUGUCUCCUGCAUCCAAAGAAAAGAAAACACCUAUCACAAGAUCACAAGAAAAAUGACAAGUUUGUGUUAAUUGUCACUGUUACCUUUCUAUGAUAUAUAGUCUUCUGUGCAUGGGGGCCCUCACCAAUAUAAGGGCAACACUUGCUUUGUGCAAAUAUAUUUUUAUUCAGAAACACCGAUUUGUAAGUUUUGUCACUUUUUCACAUUAUACAUUUUAAUAAACGAAUCACGUUAAAGCA